CUAACCCCUUGGAAAGAUGUGCAAUUAUUAUAAUAGCUGGUCGAAGCUCCACGCUGCCAGACAUACAUACGGGUAUACCUGGUGGGAUCACUGGUUGGCGUUAACAUCGCGAUUAGAAUCAAGCCAACAGCCAAUCAGACGGCAUGGAGUCUUGGCUGAAGAUAUCGUGCUUGCUAUGCAUAUUCGGGUUUCUCCGGGAGCUUCGACCCUCGGAGCCAUACCACGCGGAGAUCCUGAUGGGAGAGUGGUAUCACGUCACCCAGGACGAGGUCAACCGAUCCGUCUACCCGGUGGGUACCUACUCCUACCUAUCGCUCCUAAUCUUCGUCUUCCUCAUCACGGACCUGCUCAGAUACAAGCCCGUGAUUAUCGCAAAUGCCAUCACGGGCAUCUGCAUCUGGGGCACUCUGAUCUGGACCAGCACUUUGGGCGGCCUGCAGGCGGUGGAGGUUUUUUAUGGCUUCUACCAGGCGGGCGAGGUGGCCUACUACUCGUACAUAUACGCCAAGGUGGACAAACAGUACUACCCCAGGGUGACCUCGCACACCCGGGCAGCCAUGUUCGUGGGCAAGCUGGUUGCCGGAAUCCUAGCGCAACUGGUGAUUGGCAUGAAUUGGAUGAACUACAAGCAACUGUUUUACAUCUCCGUCAGCUCUCAAGUUGCGGCGCUGCUCUGGGCAUUCUUUUUGCCAAAGGUGGAGAAGAGUUUAUACUUCCACAAUCGAAGCGAGGCCAUAGAAGGUGCCACCAAAUCGGAGGCUGGUAACCUGGAGAAGGGUUCAGAGCAAGCCAGUGUCGAGGAGGCGGAACCGGAAAAGAAGGUUCCAGCGCGGCAGCUCCUUUGGUCCCACUUUCGUAGUGCCUACACCAAUCCUUUGGUGAUACAAUGGAGCUUGUGGUAUGCCAUCAGUUUGGCUGGCUUUCUGCAAAUCACCACCUACAUGCAGGUUGUCUGGAAGUCCUUCGCGAACGAACCAACAAUAGCUUGGAAUGGAGCUGUGGACGUGGCCCUGACGCUUCUGAGUGCCGUGUUCGCCCUCCUCGCCGGAUACUUCCAUGCCGGACGUCUGAGCACCAGGAACAGCCUGCUCUCGAUGGCUCUGCUGUCGAUCCUUGAAGGCGGUUGUGUGCUGCUUUCCUGCUGGACCGAUGAUAUAUACCUGUCCUAUUUGGGCUAUGUUCUGUAUGGAGGCCUGUUUGCCUUCACUAUUACAGUGGCCAGCUCGGAGUUGGCCAGCAGCUUGGAGGAGGAUAGCUUCGCUCUGGUUUUUGGCUUCAACACGUUCGUAGGACUCAUCCUGCAGUGCAUCCUCACAUUUGUCGUUGUCUCGGAAAAGGCCAAUCUGAAUCUGAAUGUUUUCCAGCAGUUUGCAGUCUACGCCUUUUAUUUUAUAGUCAUUGGAGUGGUCUAUUCCAUUGCUGUUAUAUCGCAAUAUAUAUGGUCGAUUUCGAGGAAACCAAAAGCGAUUCAGGAGACAAAUUAACAACAAACUUUAAAGAUUAAAAAGUGUUCAUUUAUCAGUUAAAGAUUGUUAAUAAAAUCCACCAUACGGCUUUAGUUCAUUAGGACUUGAAUGUGUUAAAGAAUAUUCUGCAAAAUAAUUACGUAUGAGAAAUA